AUGUACUCAGUCCUGAGCCCCUUACUCGGUGAGCGUCACACCGGAACUACCCGUACGCAACUAUUCGAGGAGGGAAACGAGCCCCUCAUUCCGCGGUGGAGACGAUCCGCCCGCAACUUUCUCGCCGGACAAUGGGGCCAUUAUCUCGUGCUAGCCCUGGUCACCAUCGACGUGUGCUGUACCUUGACGGAUUUUCUGAUCCAGUUACAUGUCUGCGAGUUGAAACAUAAAUAUGAGAGUGUGGACCGUGGCUGGGGCAUCGCAGAGGACGUCCUCGGCAUCGCCAGCCUGGUGAUCUCGUGUCUGUUUAUGGUCGAGUUGCUUAUUUCGGUGUUUAGUUUUGGGAAGGGAUACUUCUCAUCCAAGUUCCACAUAUUCGACUCCCUAGUCAUCCUUGUUGCCUUCAUCAUCGCAGUCUUCCUCCAGGGCCCAGUCGAGGAAGUCGGCUCGCUCGUCAUUAUUCUGCGUCUGUGGCGCGUGUUCCAGAUCAUCGAGGAGCUACAGUCUGCCAACCAAGACACGAUGGAAGAGUAUGAUAAUGUUAUUGAGCAGCUUCGGCGGGAGAACAACCUUCUACGGCAGAGGCUGAAUUUGAAUUCUAAUGGGAGUGCAGGCGUAGAGUGA